AUGGCGUUAAACAUGGAAGACCUGAUCGGGUCAAUGCAACAUGGCUUUCACGCAGGUCAUCGAGGAAACGAUCUCAACGAAAUUCGAGAUCAACUUAAAUUGUCUCUCGGUCAACAACAAUCCGCCGUUGCCGGACCAUCCACUCAACCACCACCACCUCAUUCCCGACGCUCUCAUCAUCCACCGUCGUAUUCAAAUCACUAUCAAGGAGGAGGGAGUUCGUUGGAUGCAGAUGUAGCAAUGCUCUCCUCUUCCUCCUCUGCUCAUCAUCAACAACAGUAUGGAUGGGGAGCACAGUCACAUCAAACCGCAGGAGGAGGAGGGCAGUUUUUCGGGGGCCCAGGUUCAUGGGGAUCCCAAUCUUCGUCCAGCUCUAACUUCGGGACUGGAUUUGCAGCCGCUCCGGCAAACACACCACAGCAGACACCGGUGGAGACUUCUGCGUUAGCUCGACAGCUACAGGCUGAGUCGGAACGACAAUCUAUUAGUCCCCAUCAAACACACGGACAAGGACCGUUAUCGCCAAAUCUAGCUACUUCUCCGCCGCAACAUCAACAGCAACAAUACGCAGCAGGAUUAGGAGCAGGGGAAAUCGAAUCGUCGAGGAACUACGUUAAUGGAUUUUCACCACAACCUCCAGGUGGAUCAGGGAGAGAUUCAGCUACUCCCACAGGACAGACGGGUGGUGGAUAUGCGUUGAGAAGCAGAGAUAGUUUAUCGCCACAACUUCAAUCAGGGAAUCAUCUGGCGGCGCAACAACAGCAGCCAAGGUUCGGUUAG